AUGAACGACUCGUGGUUCCGUAGAAGCAAUGGAACAUCUUCCGGAUCAUCGUCAAUUGGCACACAAGGAUUGUUUGGAAACGGGUCAUUCGAUGCGAUGAUGCCGUUCAACACGGACUUCUCGUUCUUCGUAAACAAUAAGAACAAUAACAAACCGUCGGUCAAGCUGCUCCCACUCUCGAAUCGCCGAACAUCAUCACUGGCGAACAACAAUUUGACUCCCGAUUCGGGAAGUUUCUUUUUCAACGGGACGCCAUCAGAAGACACCUUCUUCCCUUUGGACAGGGGCCAGAACUCAUUCGUCGCAAGCUCAGAGUUCGCCGAGCCGGCGCGUACAGAGAUUACUCUGCAAAAUGUCGUCAAGUUCGAUCGUUCCGUUGUCACUGAUCUGAUCAAAGCGCUCCAUUCCUCUGAUUUAGUGGACAUUUGCACCGACCAGACAUCGAUUCAUGCCAUGCAACGCAUUAGACAAGUACGGAUGUCGGCUAGGCAGCAAGUCAUCGACAGAUUAUCUGAGAAUUCGAAGGCCCCAUGCUUCAACGCACGCCUUCAACUUCUCCAUACUUUGAUGUCAUGCGUGGUUCGCAAUUGUUAUCGAUUGUCAUCGAAUGAGUUUGCCAACUAUGUCGUUCAGUACGCCAUCAAGUCGUCAGGAAUCAUGGAAAUGUAUCGCGAUAUGAUCAUAGACAAGUGUCUUCUGAGAAAUUUACUUUCCAUGUCACAGGACAAAUACGCAUCACAUGUCAUUGAAGGAGCCUUCAUCUUCGCUCCUCCCUCACUUCUCACGGAAAUGAUGACCGAGAUAUUCGAUGGUUACGUCAAGGAUCAUGGGACGAAUCGCGAUGCACUCGACAUUCUUCUCUUCCAUCAAUAUGGAAACUAUGUCGUUCAACAGAUGAUAACGAUUUGUACAUCUGCUUUAAUGGGAAAAGAAGAGCGUCGGCUAUCACCAUCGGAUCUCGGAAUGUAUGCCGCGUGGUACGAGAAGAUCAGAUGCCGUGUGGAGCGUCAUUCGUCCCGCUUGGAACGGUUUUCAUCGGGAAAGAAAAUCAUUGACUCCCUGCAGAAGCUGCCUUCGAUUACUUCUCCAAAACCACUUCCGCCACGAGAUUUAUCCCUUCUGGAAAUGACGGCUCAGUUGGAUGUCAUGUUCCCAUCUUUCCUCAGUAACCCUCUCAUGUUCUGA